GGGAAAUCUUGUGCUGCCAGAGAAAAUUCCAAAUCCAGGUCCAGGAAUAAACUGAGGGAGAGAAUUCAGUAUAUCGGAAUUCGCUUUCCUCUUCGCCAUGGAAGCUCGUCACGCUUCUCUAGGUCGACGAACGUUGGAAGAGAUUAGGCAAAAGAGAGCAGCUGAGAGAUUGAACAAAACAUCUGCUGGACCAUGUCUCACCAAAGCUCCAAUCCCUAAUGAUAAUAUAGGAAUAAAAGUUUCAGAAAGCACAAACAGACUCUCUGAGACCGACGUUAGUGGAUUAGUGUCUCAGCUGAAAGUUCUGCAGAAAAAGAAUGCAGAUCUGGAGGAAAGCAACAAGAUUUUAUCAUUGAAGAUUCAUACAAAAGAUAUUGAGAAUGAAUCACUACAGAAUCGCUUUAAUUAUCUGUUCUUUUUUUUUUUUUUUGGUUGUGAUUUACAGGAACAGAAUACUCUACCAUCUUUAACAAAAGCCCUCAAGGAUGUUGGCUUGGAGAAAGAUGCAGCAGUUGUUGCACGGGAGGACCUCUCAACCAAGCUUCGCACCCUCAAGAAACGUCUAAAGGAAACAGAAGAAGAACAAUACAGAGCUGAGGAAGACGCAGCCAAUUUAAGAGUGGAAUUAAACUCCAUACAGCAACAAGCAAUGAAUAGUAAUAUAUUUGGUGGACUAACAUCUGUUGGUAUUUCAGCGGAUCAAGUACAAAGCUUGGAAAAGGAGUUGGCUAGUUUAAAGUCUACUUUGCAGCAAGAGUCAUUAUUGAGGCAACAAGAGCAACAACGAUUAGCAAAGGAGCAAGAUCGAGUUUCUACUCUUGCAUCUGAAAAACAGGAAUUGGAAGUGAAACUUGCUGCUAUAUCCAGAAGAGCCCCUGUCUCUGUCUCGGGUUUGUGCAAUGCAGAAGCAUCAGAAGUAGCUCGUAAGGCAUUUUCAAUGGAAGAAAAGGAGAAACUUCAGAAGCAGUUGCAUGAUAUGGCCAUAGCGGUUGAAAGAUUGGAGAGCAGUAGACAGAAGCUUCUAAUGGAGAUUGAUUCCCAAUCUAAUGAGAUAGAGAAGCUAUUUGAGGAAAAUUCUAAUCUCUCUUCUUCUUAUCAAGAGGCGACAAGCAUAGCAAAGCAGUGGGAGAAUCAGUUGAAGGACUGUCUUAAGCAAAAUGAAGAGCUUCAUGGAGUCCUUGUUACGAUGAGAAUGGAACAGGCUAAUAUGAUUUCUUCAGGUGGUAGAGAGAACCUGGGAAGUUCCACAGAACGCUAUAGCAAUGGGAUAAAUGAGAUUGAUUCACGGAUGCAUACAACUGAAAUUAUUUCCCUCAAGAGUGGGCUUGCAAAAGAACAGAGCAGAUCAGAAGCAUUGUCAUCUGAGGUCUUACAGCUAUCAGCAAAACUCCAAGAAGCUAUACAAGCAUAUAACGGUCUUGCAAGCCUCUACAAACCAGUGCUUAGGAACGUUGAAAGCAGUCUCAUUAAAAUGAAGCAAGAUGGUUCCGUGACUGUACUGUGAAAACAUAGGUCACAAAGUUGCUCUUUCUCUCACUAGUUCCAUGAUAUACUUGUCUUAUUGCACUUUUGAGGCGUUGCCAGAUAGAAACAAUUUAAUAGAAUGUUCUGAAUAGGUUCUGUACUGUUAUGCCAUACUGGGGUUCAGAGUUCAGUCAGCCAGCCGGUUGGAAACAAAAUGUUGAACCCUCUACAUCAUUUAAUUAUCAAUAUAAAGUGGAUGCAUAAUGUUCAUUUGCUCUUUA